GAUUGGGGUCAAAUGAAGACUGAUUAUACUCGAGCUUCUCGUUUGAGAGAAUAAAAGAAUAGAGAAUGCUGGAAGUCAUGCGAGCAAAGCUGCCAACCUUGUAGGUCUGUUGGAUUUCUGUCAGCCCGUGAUUACCUGCGUCAUGGCGCUACCCGCCACUCUAGAUCGCUCCUCCACAUUGCGUUCCUUUUCCAAUCUUCAACACUAUCUUUGGAUAUUAGUGAGACCAGAACCCGAUAAAGAUGAAGUUCUCCCUCAGCCUUGCAACUUUGCUUCUCAGCACAUUCGUCGCUGCAGAGGGCUUAUCGCUCUUUGGUGGUCAGAAAGUCCUUGAUGAAGCCACCAAGGUCCCGGGCGAUAAUCCUUUAUCAUACUGUCAAGCAGAGCAUGCGGACGAUAUCCUCGUGCUCGAUCAUGUCAAUCUUGACCCAAACCCCCCAGCUGCUGGACAAACACUUACCAUCGAGGCGGUCGGUACACUACUUGAGGACGUCGAGGACGGGGCAUAUGUUAUAUUACAAGUCAAAUAUGGGUUGAUAAGACUCGUGAAUACUCAGGCAGAUCUUUGCGAGCAGGUUUCCAACGUUGACCUCAGUUGCCCUAUCAAGAAGGGCAAGACGACCAUCACGAAGGACGUCGAGCUUCCCAAAGAAAUCCCUCCUGGAAAAUACACCGUCUUCGCAGAUGCCUAUACCAAAGACAAGAAGAAGAUCAUCUGCCUUGAAGCGACCGUCCAAUUUGGAGGCAAAUAAAGUUCUAUUUUGUACGGUGAUUGUUGGUGGAGGGUUCAAGAUGGGGAGACACCCUCGCUCGUGCAGGCCAUAAUGUUGUGGACGAUAGUUUCCUACGAUAUGCAUAGUUGUAGCAGAUACCACGGAGUUUGAUUAUUCAGGACGACGUAUUGUAAUUAUGGAGGUCCAAUCAUACACAUAAAGGAUAGGCAGAUUUUUCAAUGAUACUUAUUCUCGCAAGCGUAGCUUACAUUCAGAGGUUC